AUGACGUCUUUAUGGAUUCCGAAUGCCAUUUUUCUCAUGAUGAGUUCGGAAGUGUGGGCGGUAGGAAGUGUAUGUUAUCAGUGCGCGACGCCAAAUCUUGAGAGCAAUUGGGCAAUUACUGGAUUGCCAUUGAAACCGAGUAAUCUGGAGUUUGAUCAAACAUGUGAGGCGGCCAACGACGCUGAUACUAAGGACAGUAAAUUUAUGUCUACCAUGUGCUCAUCGUACUGUUUUGAACUUGCGAUGCCAAUCAACGAGGAAUAUGGAUUCGUAAGAGGUUGUCAUGGAGACUUUGUUUGGGAAGAAUUUCGAGCUGGAUCACAUUUCUGUCCACCAUCUGGCGAAGAUGAAACUAAAUGUAACAAAAAACUCAUAAAAGGCGACAUUACCGCUACACUUGAAAAAUGUGAUCCUGUUGAAUUACAUACUUGCAAGUCAUGCAGUUCGUAUGAUGGAGCUGGAAGUUGCUCAGCAUCGACCACUGACACUUGCAAAGCGCCAUACUGUACCAAAACUGUAGGAACAUUGGAUGGUGGAAGUUAUGAAUCUCGUGGUUGUGCAUUUUUCAAUCCAAUUGGGAGUAAUGUGUGCUCAUGGACCGAUCAGACAUACAAUGUGUCAACUGGAGUGGAUAGUGUAGUUCAAAGAACGAAAAGAACGAAAAGAUCGAUUUCGAUGGCUUUUCGAGCCAAUCAAUGUUAUUGUCAAGGCGAACUGUGCAACCCAUCUCCUCGAUUCUCUACUAUCCUUCUCUCAUUUUUGUCUGCUUCUUUUCUUGCUUUUCUGUAA